AUGCUCCUGGUACCCGCGCACAACAACCCACGCCCCUGGUACCCGCGCUCAACAACCCAUGCUCCUGGUACCCACGCACAACAACCCACGAUCCUGGUACCCCCGCACAACAACCCAAGUACCUGGAACCCGUGCACAACAACCCGCACUCCUGGUACCCAUGCACAACAACCUGCGCCCCUGGUACCAGCGCACAACAACCCACGCACCUGGUACCUGUGCACAACAACACACACUCCUGGUAUCCACGCACAAAAACCCGCGAUCCUGGUAACCGCGCACAACAACCCACGCACCUGGUACCCGCGCACAACAACCCGCUCCCCUCGUACCCGCGCCCAACAACCCACGCACCUGGUACCCAUGCACAACAACCUGCGCUCCUGGUACCCGCAUACAACAACCCACGCACCUGGUACCCACGCACAACAACCCACGCCCCUGGUACCUGUGCACAACAAGCCAAGCACCUGGUACCCAUGUACAACAACCCACGCCCCUGGUAUCCGUGCACAACAACCCACCCUCCUGGUACACAUGUACAACAACCCACGCUCCUGGUACCCGCGCACAACAACCCACGCCCCUGGUACCCGUGCACAACAACCCACCCUCCUGGUACCCGCGCACAACAACCCAUGCCCCUGGUACCGCACACAACAACCCAAGCACCUGGAACACGUGCCCAACAACCCACACUCCUGGUACCCGUGCCCAACAACCCACACUCCUGGUACCCGCGCACAACAACCCACGCUCAUGGUACCCGCGUACAACAACCCACGCUCCUGGUACCCACAACAACCCGUGCUCCUGGUAACCGCCCACAACAACCUACGCUCCUGGUACCCGUGCACAACAACCCAUGCUCCUGGUACCCGCGCACAACAACCUGCGCUCCUGGUACCCGCAUACAACUACCCGUGCUCCUGGUAUCUGCGCACAACAACCCACGCUCCUGGUACCCGCACAAAACAACCCACACCCCUGGUACCCGUGUACAAACUCCCAUGCUCCUGGUACCCGUGCACAAUAACCUGCGGUCCUGGUACCCGCGCACAACAACCCGUGCUCCUGGUAACCGCGCAAAACACGUGCUACUGGUACCAGCGCACAACAACCCGUGCUCCUGGUACCCACGUACAACAAGCCGUGCUCCUGGUACCCGCGUACAACAACCCAUGCUCUUGGUACCCACACACAACAACCCACGCCCCUGGUACCUGUGCAAAACAGCCCGCGCUCCUGGUACCCGUGCACAACAACCCACGCUCCUGGUACCUGUGCAUAAUAACCGCUGGACCUGGUACCCACAUACAACAACAACCUGCGCCCCUAGUACCCGCGCCCAACAGCCCAUGCACCUGGUACUCGCAAACAACAACCCACACUCCUGGUACGCGCACACAACAACCCGUGCUCCUCGUACCCGUGCAUAACAACCUGCGCUCCUGGUACCCGCGCAUAACAAGCAACGCACCUGGUACCCAUGCACAACAACCCACGCCCCUGGUACCCGCGCACAACAACCCACGCUCCUGGUACCCAUGUAUAACAACCCACGCUCCUGGUACCCACGCACAACAACCCGUGCUCCUCGUACCCGUGCACAACAACCUGCGCUCCUGGUACACACACCCAACAACCCACGCUCCUGGUACCCGCGCACAACAAUCUGCGCCCCAGAUACCUGUGCCCAACAACCCACGCUCCUGGUACUUGCGCCCAACAACCCACGCUCCUGGUACCCGCGCAUAA